CUGGAUAGAGCUUUUCCAUAUCCAGAAUUAUUCCCUCGCUACCCUUUUUCCUUCUGAGGUGGAAUCUUAUUCAAAUCACACUGAAGAGACCGCCUGGCAGUCAUGGCUAGCGAAGUAACGGAAUCCAUACCUUCCCCCGCGCAAGGAGUCGGCCCGAUAUACUGGCCAGAGGGCGAGAAGCCAACAGCGACGGUAUCUAAAGAUAUACCAUAUGAGAACGUCCAUGUUUUACCUCAAACGCCUCAACUUAUUGCCCUCUUGACUAUGAUCAGAGACAAGAGAACCGGUCGCGCUGAUUUCAUAUUCUAUUCAAACAGAAUCAUCCGUCUCUUGGUUGAAGAGGGUCUCAACCAUCUCCCUGUCGUGGAGCAAUCGGUCACGACUCCUGUAGGUCGGGCCUAUCUUGGUGUUAGGUUUGAAGGCAAAAUAUGCGGCGUAUCAAUUAUGAGAGCCGGUGAGGCGAUGGAGCAAGGGCUGAGGGAUUGCUGCCGAUCGGUCCGCAUUGGGAAGAUAUUGAUACAGAGAGAUGAAGAAACGUGCAAGCCAAAAUUGUUCUAUGAGAAACUUCCGACCGACAUAUCUAGUCGCUGGGUUUUGCUGCUUGAUCCGAUGUUUGCAACUGGAGGCUCCGCUACACUUGCUGUUGAGAUUCUGAAGGCAAAGGGCGUGCCUGAGGAUCGCAUUUUAUUCCUGAAUCUUAUUGCAAGUCCUUCGGGAGUUGCAGAUUUUGCUGAACGCUUUCCCAAACUCAGAGUUGUCACUGCGUUUAUUGACCAAGGUUUAGAUGACAAAAAAUACAUAAUUCCGGGCCUUGGUGAUUUUGGUGACCGGUAUUAUACGUUAUAGGCAUCAGGCGGUUUCGAUAUUUGUAGUUGCUUCGACUAAAGGUAUAUCCGUUUACCUAUGACGUGAGGGAUGGAGCCUAGCCCUAUAAAUUACCAGCCUUGUUUUCUGAUAAUUCCCAGAUCCAAGGCUGUGAAGUCUGGAUCAUCCCCCCUCCCCUCCCCUCCCCGGGCAAACUCUUGUUAUAUGUACCAGGCUCCCUGACCAUUCCUUCGUUCAGAAUAUAUACCUGAAAGGCUUGUGUUUUUUGCCAGGGUGAGAAAUUUUGGCAUAUACACAGAUUAGGAGGGAAACAAACUAAUUAAAUGAGUAGCAAGG